CCAGCCGCCACCCUCCUGCAUCUUUCCUCCCUCUCUUCCCUCCAGCCUUAGAGUUCUUCCUUCUCCCACCGUGCCGUCGUGCGUGGGUUUCUGCAGUAUGAUUGCCGUCGAUGCUCAAUGAAGCCCUCAGUCACCCGGUGGAUCCGCAUCGGCAGCCACCGGCUGUCGUGCAUUUCUUUAUCGUGCAUUUGCGAUGGUGCUGCCAGUGGGCGCAGACAUUUUCUCUGGGGGGUUUUGGGCUGCUGCCCUUCCGAUCUCCCCCCCCCCAGAAUUAGUUUUGCCACGACUCUUUGCUCCGCUAAUUACUUGAGCAGAAACACUCCGUUGGCAGGGCCAUUCAUCUCUCUCCGAUUCGGGGGGCAUUUCGGAUCGCCCGCUCAUUUACCAUUUCAUUUGCCCAUUUGUUCAUUUGCUCAUUCGACUUCACCGCACCCUUUUCAAUCCCUUGUACUCGCACCGUGUUUUCCUUUCGCAUCAAUCGAUUCCAACAUUUUCCUUGUAUUCCUCCCUGUUCUUUUUUGCAACUUGCCAUGGCUUCCUUUCGCCAUUUUCGGAACAUCGAGAGCAUCGAUCCCCCUCCUAUCCAUGCCCCAGUCAUCCUCAAAUACAUUCCAUUCUAUUUUUCUUUCUUUCUUGCUUGCCUGUCUGGCUGCUUGCUUGUUUGCUUGUUUGCUUGUUUGGGUGAACAACCUCCCCCCCCCACACACACACAAUCACCGCUCGGAGCAGUCGUGGCUAUGAAUGUGUGUAUUGUCAAGACCAGCAUCCAACCGCAGCGGGAUCUUCCUUUCUCUCUUUCUCACGCAUUCUCACUUCCAAGCUCUCGGGUCCCUGGGCCGCAGCUUCACGCACGGCUGGAUUGCAGGCGAGAGCCCGCAAACAACAAUAAAA